AUGCCUCCUCCACCUCCCCUUCCCAAAAGCAUUUUGGGCCGCCACCGUCUCUUAGCCCCCUCGGCGUCGGUGCGUGUCAGCCCACUGUCGUUGGGCGGCAUGAGUAAGAAGACUUUUGUUAUCCCAACGAAAUCCGUACUAACAAGGCGAUAUCCAGGUCUGGGCAACAACUGGAAGGGCAUGAUGGGCGAAUGCACCAAGGAGCAGGCAUUCGAGCUACUAGACGCCUACUACGACCUAGGCGGCAACUUCAUUGACACCGCUAACAUGUACCAAUUUGGCCAAAGUGAGGAAUGGAUUGGCGAGUGGCUCCAGAAGACGGGUCGACGAUCUGAGAUCGUGCUCGCGACCAAGUACACGCUAUCCCCGAUCUUCGGUAAGGCUGUGCAGCAAAGCAACUACGGUGGAACGGGCACUAAAAGUAUGCGCGUGGCCGUCGACGACAGCAUGAAGCGUCUUCAGGUGGAUUAUAUUGAUAUCUACUAUGUCCACGCCUGGGACUUUGCUACCUCUAUCCCUGAGCUUAUGCAAUCGCUCAACACCCUCGUCCAGCAGGGCAAGGUCCUGUAUCUGGGAAUCAGCGACACGCCCGCUUGGGUCGUUACCAAGGCUAAUGCCUAUGCGCGAGAGCAUGGUCUCCGCCCAUUUUCGGUCUACCAGGGCCGGUACAAUGCUAUGAUGCGUGAUCUCGAGCGGGAUAUCAUCCCUAUGUGUCGGGAUGAGGGUAUGGCUAUUCACCCGUGGGGUGUGCUCGGCAGUGGCUACUUCCGCUCGCCCGAUGCUGCGCCGAAAGAAGGUGGUCGCCAAACUCCGCAUGUCAAGACGGGCCGCGAAGGACAGGUGUCAGCUGCCCUGGACAAGGUCGCCAAGCGCCACGAAGUCCCCAUUACGUCUGUUGCACUUGCAUAUGCCAUGCAAAAGUCUCCCUACAUCUUCCCCAUGAUCGGCGGAAACAAGAUCUCCCAGCUCAAAGCCAAUGUUGAGGCCGUGAGCCUAGAGCUCACUCCUGAAGAUAUCGCAGAGAUCAACAAGGGCUAUGAUUUUGAUCUUGGGUGGCCCCACAACUUCCUCAACUUGGCUGGAUUUAUGCCCGAGGGUCCACAACAUGUCUCUUUCCUCGCGGGCUUGGGACAUUUUGACUAUGUUGAGCCUACGGUUGCAAUAAGGCCUAAGACUUCGUUGAGGCAGUAG